CACAAAACCCUUCGUUUUGUUGGGGCUCGGAGGAAAACUGCCUCUCUUUCACUUGAUCCAAUAAGCGACCUCCAUCCUCUCCUCGAAGUUAAACCCUACUUUCUCCCUGUUCUCGCUUGCUUGCGUUAAUGGCUGCUGCAAGAAUCAAACAGCUUUUGAAAAAAUACGGAAAGGUCGGCUUGGGUGUACAUUUGUCCGUCUCCGCCGCUUCCAUUAGCGGUCUUUAUGUCGCCAUUAAGAGCAACAUCGAUGUUGAAACCAUGCUCGAAAAAGUCGGGCUGCCCAGCCUUUCAAAGGAAAGUCACGACCACGACUCCGCUUCUGAUCCACCGGUAAAGAAUCGGACGACGGAGCUGGUCGCUUCCAGCGGCGGUGCUUUGGCUUUGGCAGUGCUUAUUAAUAAGGCGCUUUUUCCGGUUAGGGUUCCUAUUACGCUGGCCGUUACGCCGCCGCUAGCGAGGUUUCUUGCGAGGCGCAAUCUGAUAAAGCAGAGCAAUUUCUGAAUUCUUGAGCCUGGAUGCAGCAGCCUGAGAGUCCUUUUGGCAUCAUGGACUGUUCUGAUUAUAGCUUUUAUGGAGUCCCAUCAAGGCUCGAAUUCGAUAAUAUUCAAGGAGGUAAUAAAUUUUCAGUUUUAGUUUUAAGUAGAUAACACUCAAUUCUAGUACUUUCAGAAAACCUCUGCAACAAUUCAUGGAUGAUCACCACUGAUGACAAGUUCAAAUACACCUUAUGCUUGAAGCGGACCGCAGUCAAAACUCGCCAUCUUCAGCAUCAGUCGAGCCAAGAAUUUGGCCAUUAUUUUACCCCGCAGAAAGCUGAUGACAGCCCCAUUGCCCUUCUGCAUUUGCCCGAAAAUCCAAGACGCCGUGAUGAGAUUGAUGCUUCUCCAUCUCCUCUCAUCAGCAUACUUUUCUAACCCCUUAUGGAUUCUCUGCAGCUCGUUCUCCAAGCUAUCAUCUCCCAGUGUUCUUUCCUUCAUCGCCCCGGCCAAAGCUCUGGCCAAAACAAUGCUGCUCUCCAGGGCUGCGCACGCCCCCUGCCCCAUUUCCGGUGUCAUGGGAUGUAGUGCGUCUCCUGCCACACAGACAUUGCCUUUGCUUAUGUUUCCCCAAAGCAGUUCCCAUGGAUGCCUGGUUCGUAUCUCUGAACAUACAAUGUUGGUAAGAUGGGUUCCUUGGAACACUUUGAUGAUCCUGUCACUGACUUUUCCGAGAUUGCUCAGUAUGAAUUGCUUCAACUUGGCUGGAUUUUCUUCUAUUCCUUGUUCUGCACCAUUGGAUGCAUUGUGAGCCUUUUUUGCAGUGUUGAAGUUGGAAACAAGAGAUUGAAGGAGAAGAAAGGUAGGUAGGUACCUUGGGGAGAAGGAAUAUAUGCAAAAAACCAGUAAAGACUGUUGUGGUCGCAUGGUACAAUACCGUAUUUAACACCUUCUCCGAAGAAGUGCAAUGACUUUGGCUCAAAUCCAUGGCCGUUUUCAUAAUAUGCAAUGCCCCUGGCCACCCAUCGGCCCACAGAUGAUGGUUUAUUGAAGCCAAGGUAUUUCGCCACCAUGGAGUUCACUCCGUCACAUCCAAUCAACACCUAAUUAAAUAUCCUUGACAAGAAUCAAUACUCAUUUAUGCCUCUAGGGGCCAAAUCUGAAUGUGGGCUUUUUUGGCUUAAAUAUUUUGUGUGAGUAGUAGUGAUUGAUUGAGUUAUGUUGAACCGAAGAAAUGAAGAUGAUGAUGACCUUAGCUUUAAGGAUUGUUCCGUCAGAAAGGUGGAUGGACUUGAGGGUGCAGGCAUGGCGGCCGUGGGUGGUUUCUUGUUCUUGUUCUUCUUGUAUGCGAACAACCUUGGAUGAAUAUCUUAUAGUGCCCUUUGGGAGCUGGUUUUCCAGUGUUUCGAGCAGCACUUUUCUAUUCACGCAUCGACUCUCCAGCCCACCCCUGCACCAAUCCAUGCACAUUAAUAUUAUUAUUACAGGAGUGUAUAUAUAUAGAAAUUCAAAAGCUUGCCACUCACUUAUGGUGUAUGGCUGUGUAAGGCUUAUCCGAAGUGGUAAGCCCUGAAGCAAUUGACAAGGUUACCAAACUGCACAAUAAGAAGUAAGUAAUUGGAUUCAUCGAUAGACAGGUAGAUAGAUAAGCAGUAGCAGUAUAGUAUUAGCAUAUCCACCCGGUGAGCGGAGGGUGCUUGUGGCGAAGGGAUUGAGCGAUCCCGAGAGCAUCCAAGGGUAUCCAGGCAUUGUUCCACAAUCCUAUACCGAAUCCCGCAGCUCUCAGGCUAUCCGCCCGCUCCAAGACCACGCUCUCGACGCCCAAUCUAUCAUCAUCAUCGUCAUCAAUUAUACAAGUAUAACUCAAGUUGAAGUAGGUAGGAGGUGGUACCUGUGAAGUGCUAAAGAUGUUGAGAGCCCAGCAAUUCCAGCUCCUACGAUCACCACCGCUGCAUCCUCCUCAACUCUUUCCAUUUCCAGGACUGC